GGCCUCACGCCUAAGAUUAUUGGCGACUAGACCAGUUGGGGCAGAGAGACCCCUUGUCCAUGUGGAUCCUGUUACUGGCAAAGCAGACGGUCCCCACAGCAAGAAAUUUAGAACAUAUUUAGGGAUCGUUGCUCGUGAUAAGGUGGAUGUCACAUACGAAAAUUGGAAGCAUGUCCCUAUUACUCAGAAGGAUUUGAUAUGGGAGGAUAUUCAGGCUGAAUUUGAUAUCCCUGAAGCAUCUGAUUUAAGGACAAAAAAGAAAAUACUUCAGACUGUGGGGGAGCGGUGGAGACAGUUUAAGUCUGAUUUGACGUCGAAAUGGGCACUUGCAGCUGACAAGGAUAGUGUUGAUGACACUGUAUGCAAAAUGUACGGCAUUAGCAAGGAGAAAUGGACCCAAUUUUGCCAGAGCCGUAGAGACCCUUCAUGGGAGAAUGUUCGAAAAAAAGCACAAGCUGUCCAAAAACAAAACACUGCCCCUCACGUGAUGUCUCGUGGGGGUUAUGAAUAUUUAGAAAAAAAGUUGAUGGAUGAGAAGAGAAAGAAAAAACUAGAGGAAACAACUCAAUCCGGAAGCACUGACACCGUCAUUGAUCCUCCAUCUCCCAUCAAACGACACGUGAAGUGGAAGCUAGCCCGCACCAAGAAAACUGGUGACAUGACAUCUGAAGCAGCAAAGGAAAUUGCUGACAAGAUUGAUGCGCUUGAGGAGCAGGCCUCACAGGGUUCCUUUGUUACCCAUGGACGUCAUGAUAUACUGACUGCUGCCAUUGGGCGACCAGAACACCCUGGUCGUGUGCGUGCUGUAGGAGCCGGUAUAACCAUCAAACAAUACUUUGGAUCAGCUUCAAGGACCUCCUCCAUUGCUCCCGAAUACCUGCAACAGUUGACGCAACAAAUCAAGGACCAACUAGAGGAUUCAAUCACAGAAAAAGUCACUCGACGGCUAAUGUUAUCCCUCAGCCAAAUGCAAUCACAGGGACUCGCACUGCCUCCUGAACCUGAUGUUGGUCCUUCAGCUGCUCGUGUCAGCACAAAGGAGAGUUGUGUUGAUCCCUCAGGGAACGAUCUAGACACCGGUGACUCAUACAAAUGUGGGUUGUAUAUUGAAGAAUAUCCUUCUCGCCUGGUUGCCCUGGGAAGAGUUUAUGAGGGAUCUACAACAAUUCACAACAUUCCUUUGCUGCAUGAUCAAGUUAAGGUUGGUGUUGAGGAGAUUAGAGAUGUAGAUGCUCCCAUUCCUGUACCCACUAAAGAGGUUAAGGUCGUGGGACAGACUCUUAACACAUUCCUUGCUUGGCCGACACAUCUAGUCAAGCGUUUAUCAGAACAGGGAGCUGUGAGACCCGCGAAACCUGCAGAUAGGCCGGAUGAUGAGGUCGAUGAUCCGCUAUAUCUAAUGACAUUGACCAUUCCACAGCUUUUUCUGAAGCCAUUGCAGGUUAUGUGGGAUGCUACCUUGUUUGGCCUAUUUAAUGAAAACUUUCCCUUGUACAUAAAGCAUGAAGAUCUGUCUGAAAUUGCACAUGGUGGUCAAUGUCUCAGCAUAUCUGUUAUACAGUUGUGGAUUCUGCAUAUGACUGAGACAAGUAUGCGAGCUGGGAAUAUCGAUGUGUAUGGAUUCCUCGAGCCACAUAUUGUGUAG